GAUCUUCGGAAGAGUGACAAAUUCGCGGCAAGAAUGACGGCGUACUUUUUACUCGUCGGUUACAUCGCGUUUCUCGGCGUUCUCGAGGAGCCGUUCAUCUCAGCCGCGCCGUCUACAACCAGCUCUUCCGUAAAGAUCACGACCGUCCCCGGCAGCGUGAAUUUGAACGAGGAUGCGCAGGAUGAGAGCAUCAAUAAUAAUCCAGAAUCCGCCUGUCCGUGCUUGACGUCAUCGGUCAAUAGUACGUCGACAAUCCCCGGACAAUCGGACUGGUUGACGCAGCAACGGCGGCAGCAUCUCGAGCAGUUCUACAGCCAGAACGUGAUGGUCCACGGCAUGUUGUGCACGUGCAACGUCGCCCUGCGCGGUGCCCCGAUGCGAGAUGAUUAUCGUUACACGGUGGGUAUUGGCGCCCACAAGAUCCAUACGAGGGCCGCCACGUGGAACGAUGCGAGAAAGUUGUGCAACGACGAGGGCGGCCACCUCGCCAUCGUCAAUUCCAUCGCCGAGGAGCACGUACUGAUGGAGAUAUUUAAUGGUUCCGGACCGAUCAAGGGCGCCGCGUAUCCGGACGAGGCCUUAUUGGGUAUACACGAUCUUUACAAGGAGGGCGAGUGGGUCACGUUGCAGGGCGAUUCUCUGGCGAAAACCGGUUACACCAGGUGGAGCGAUAAGUGGGGUGGACAACCCGACAACGGGGGCGGCAAACAGCACUGCGGCGCUUUAAUGAAAGAGGGUGACAUGGACGACGUCGCGUGCGACGUCCCAUUUCCAUUCUUCUGUGAACUUCCGCUGAUGCACGCUUUACAUUGAAAAAGAAAGAGUCUCGGCGGGGUUCCGUUCAGGGAUUAAGCAUCGCUGGCAUAAGGUUUACACGCUCUUGCCAUGUGCAACGUCAUACCUCUUACCGUAGUAUAUAGCUGCAUUAUGCAGACAUCAUCUUCACGCGAAGGUGUUUUCUUGUUUUAAUACGGAGAGUUUUUCCUUUAUUCUCUCUGUGAAACGUGUGAGAUGUGUCGUCUUUGAGAACUUUGUCCUUCCAAGUUUCUUUCCGUCUUUUCUCUCUACAAAAGGACAUCCGCCGAUGAAAUGUUUGGACUGUUUUUAUGUAUAUACAUAUAAAAGACCUUUUUCUCUAGAUACUUUUUUUUUUAAUUUUUUGAAAAUUUCUAGAAUAUUUGUUCGUCCCUUUUUCCCUUCCUUACGCUAACGAGCAAAUGGAUACAUUGUCGAUGUUAAAAUGAAUUAUUCUAAUUAAAUUGUUCACUUACAGCACAGUUGUAUUCUCUCGAAGUUUCAACCUUGGAAGUUUCUCUGCGCUGUAAUACAACGAUACUAUUACGCAUUAAAUUACGUCGCAUGAGUCUAUAGCACCUUCGAGAAUAUUACGUUACGGUAUCAACAAUGUACCCGUUGUAGCGCAACACAAUCAUUACGCGAACGAUAAAUUAAAUAUCAACGACGCCGAUCAUCUGCAUUAUCACUUUAUACAUAUUGCGUGUUACAAAUUGGAUCGAUAUCUCUGUCCAAAUUUUUUCUCUUUACGAUAGUUUUAUUUCGUGUGUUGUACGGCCGGAAUAUAACUUACGUACUGUUGCUGAUUUAUGCUUACGAGAAAUAUAGCGUUAUAUGUUUCGGAACAUAAAGAAUUUAUAGAGGCAUCAACUGAGAGAAAGAGAGAGAGAGAGAGAGAGAGAGAGAGAGAGAGAGAGGGGGAGAGAAAGUGGAACAAUGUAAACCGAUAUUGCGAGCGAU